UCAGUUCUAUUGAAGAAAAAAGUGAUAGUGGAGUAAUUUGUGUGAUAAAUUUUGGAACUUGCUCUAGUGCAUUGCAAGCUUAGAACCAAACACGUGGAUAGUGGAGUAGUUUAUGUGAUCAUACGCAAGACUGGAAUGCCCCUCUCUGCAGAAGUUAACUUUAUCUUUUGGAGUUCUUAAUUGGGGACCAUAGUAGGAACACAUUGGAAAUUAUAAACUUGAAAAUGGGAGCAAUAGGGUGGAGCAUGACCCAUCUCUUUGCAAUAUAAGAAGCGAAAUUAUUAUAAAAAGGUUAACAAAAGUGAAUUAGGAUUGAGUUUCAAGCUUUCUUGUGGGCUACUCUUGAAUUCAUCCAUAAGAGAAGGAAAAUAUCUAAUCAUUAAAGGAAUACUUUUUUUAAGAAUUCUAUUAUUUGAGAUAUGCUAAAGAGAACCCUGUGUAGUUUAUGAUUUUGCAUUCACCUACUUGCUUUUGAGAGGAUUAAGAAGCCUAAUGCUUAGCAUCUUGCAUACUAUAUUCCCUAAGCUAUGGAUUAGCCUUACUUUCUUGGUUGAGUUUAUAUUUUUUAACAUGAUCUGAUAGGCCCUACUGUUUUUUCAUGCUCCCUUGCAAUCAUUUUGAAUCACAGGUCCUACUUGCAAUGCAUAUUGUCCUCAAGAAUAAUUAGGCCUUUUUUGUUAACUUAAUAAUUUGUGUUUUAUGUUGUGUAGAGCAAAAUUCUGGGUUUUGAUGGGAGUUUAGCAUUUUCUUUUUUGAUUUAAUUCUGUAUUUACUAUAUUAAAUUCACCCUGCAAAGUCUGAGAUCAAAUCUGAUGUAGCCAACUAAGAUGAGCUAUCUAAAGUAACUUUCUGGCAAAGAAAAGUUAAAUCUGACUCGCAUUAAAUCAUUGUUUAAACCAAAUGUUGUUCCAAAUGAAGACUACUCUUACUUUUAUUCCGGACACCAGGAUUUGGUCCAGUGGUAAGAGCGUCGCAAGUGAUGUGUAGAUUAGGCGCUAGUCACGGUUUGAACCCUGCCACCUGGUAUUUAAGUGGAUAAGAGUAGAGGGCCGGGCGUCCACCACCAUCAAGUUUCCAACCGUGCACCACUGGUUCUUAGGGAUUUCUCGGUUAUACGAAAAAAAGAAUCUUAUUUUUAUUCCAAUUGUGCAGGAGCUUUUGCAUUUUCCAUGAUGACGCCAAGUGGUUUCAACAACAGAAUGUCUUCCCUCUGUUUCAUCAACUUGAAUAUAUGAUAUAUCCCUCUGCAGCCAUUUCACUAGCUUAGCACCGCAAAGCUUUUCCAGAUUCUUGAAAUCAACUUGUACAUAGCACCUGGCAUUAGCAUGUGAAAACAAUCAAAAGUUCUCACCUUUUUUGCACUUUUUCUAUUUCUUCAAUCUUCUUUUAAUGGUGUUUAAUUGUAGAGAAACGUGAUACUUCUGUUCUCAACCACAGCUUGUAAAAGCAUGCCACCUAAUACAAUCUUUAAAGGAAAUCAAGAAUAUCUAAUUAACAUCAUGAUCACGAGCUUUUAUGAGCUAAAAGAAUGUCCCCUAUAUCCCUAGUGAUCUUCACUGGUUCAUUAAUCUCGAGACACAAUCAUGAUUAGUAAAACCCCACUUUCUAAUUGCAUAAAUUAUUUUCCCUUAAACAUCUCUCCUUCAAAUCAUACCUCUGUGCUCAAAGAAUGCAGAACACUAAGGCGGCAGCAGCAGCAGCCAAGAAGCAGAAGCUUAAGGGAUGCAGUGCCUUGUGCUGCAGUUGUAGGCUGAGCGUUUCGUCAUCUUCAGAAGAAGCUGAAAGUUCAAAUUCUGAUAGAUAUCCGACUAUUUCAAGCCUAACACAUGCCAUGGUUCAGGAGAGGUUAGACAAGAUGAUUAGAGAAAGAGAAGAGGCCAAAAACGAAGAGAGAAGGAGGAGGAGGGCGGAACUAGAGGAGAAGACUAAGUUUAUAGUGAUGAUAGCUAUGGAGAAAUCAUCUAAUGAUCCAAGAGAGGAUUUUAGGGAGUCCAUCGAACGGAUGAUAAUGGCAAAUAGGAUUCAUGAUACGAAGGAUUUAAGGCGACUUUUGAAUUAUUAUGUUUCUAUGAAUGCUGAGGAAUAUCAUAGUGUUAUACUCGAAGUGUUCCAUGGAGUUUGCAGCAAUUUCUUCUUAUCAUGUAAACAACCUUUAUAUCAAGUAUAGAACUUCGGUUUUCUU